AUUUAAUGAAUUUCUGCCAAAGUUUUUCAUCAUUUGCUAUGCACUUUGUUUUGGUUUUAUGCUGUUCUUCUGUUAAUCAAGCGUGUAAGUGUGCGGAAACUUUGAGCAAAUAUAAUUAGCACAAAUUUCAUUGACAAAAAAUACGAAAUACAAAAAGUUUUAACAAAAUGCUGAAUCAAAAAUUGGUUUUUAUAAGCAAAACAAAUUAACUGAUAAUUUUUGUCUAAAAAUAUGUUUUUUUAUUAAACGAUAACAAGUGUUUUACUGCACAUUUAAAACUACGAAUGUAAUUGUUUUUGUGUUAAGUGAUUUUGCUAUGCCGAAACUUUCCGUUAUUGUGAAAAUAUCGCAAAUUAUGUUUCUCAAACAUGGUGACAACGAUAAAAAUCACUUGUGAUGGCGUAUUCAUCCAAUCUAAUUCGUAUCUCACACCAUCAGUGUCGGGCAACAAUGUUGUGCACCGCGAACAUACAACCAACUCUGUGCAACAUUCACCAAGCUCCGCAACAUCUCUAACGACACCUACAACGACCUCAACAUCGUUCGCCAUUUGCAGUGAUGAUCCAAGUAAUUCCGACGCCAGCUCCAACGACUUCGAAAACUCGCUGCGUCAACGCUUGCGACAUUUAAAUUCACCAAAAGUCGCUCUCAUUUCGGCAACGAUUACCAGCUGCAGCAAUAACAACAGCAAAAUCGGCAAGAGCAACGCUACAUUUAACUCCUUCUCUUCCACCACAUCUACGUCGUCACAAUCGUCGUCUAAUUCGCACAGCUCAACGGCAUCUCAGCGCCAACGACGUCGACGCGGUAAUUCUUCAAGUCCCCGCCAUUCACUGAAAUUCGUUACAGCUUCAACCAAUUCGCAUGUGCCUCACGGCAAAGCGGUAGACACGCGUCGUCGCUACUAUUACAGUGGCAGUGGCGGUGACGGUGGCAACAGCAACAUUUACUGGUGCAAACAGGCCAUCACUGGUAGCGGGCGCAGCAGCAAACACAGCGACAGCGUUGGUGGUUGUGAGCACAACAAUGUCGCCUUGAAGCGCCGUGCCCUCCCGGUUGAACGUGUACCGUUGACACGCAGCACCAGCAGCGUCACCACUCAUGCGGAAUUUCGAAACGCAACCGUCUCGACUACAGCAGCAGCUGUUGCGAAAGUGGUGGGGGUGCGUCGCGAAAGCAGCGAACAAAAGUUGGAUGCCGCCAGCAACAAUAACAACAACAAAGUAUUUGGAAACAGCAACGGUGACACGCCGACAGCGGCGGUUGCCUGCAAUGGUCAUAGCUCGAGUAGUGCGCACGAAGACUUUUAUUACUGUGAUGACAAACCGGCGUGCAGCAAUAACAAAAAUCAAAACGGCGCGUUUAAUGGUGGCGGCAGUGCAGUGAAAGCCGCAAUAAAAAAUAGCAACAACCAAAGCAAGCAUAACAAUAAAAGUGGCGAUUGCAUUGUAUCUCCCACUCCAGCAAAAGUGAGCGGCAGCAACGCUACAUCUAACUGCAAUUCGCAAUACAAUACAAAUGCAAAAGCCAACUCCAAUCCGCCGUGCUCGAAUGUGAAAUCUGUGUCAAAGCUCGCGCCGGCUAGUGCAUCUUCCGCCGAUACGACACGCCUAUUUAAUUUCCUACGCGCCGCGCGUAAAUUUUACCGCAGUGCCGCCAAUGGGAAUAGUAGCGCGGUUGGCAAUAGUCAAAACUCGAAUUUGCUUACAUUCGCAGAUAAAGUUGAUGGUAUCGUUUCGCAACAGCCUUCGUCAGAGCCGACAAAGCGCCGUUCCUCGUUGGCGGCCAUCAACGAUCGGCUGACGAUUGCAGAAUACGACAAGUCAUCAGCAGGUGCUUUAAGCCAAAUAACUGUGACACUAAGCGAUGAUUGGUUUGACGAGGAAGCUUUAAUUUCGAAAGAGAAUCAGCAGCCUGCGAAGGGUAACAAACGCCAGCAAUCAAAAAAGGAACAUAAACAACAACAACAACUGCCUGAUAGUGGCAUAAGCCACACCACUGCAACAGAAACAGCUGCAAAUGCAAAAGCUUUAAUCUCCCUCCGUAGCACAAACGAAACAACUGUGACUGCCAGAAGCGCCGCCACAACACCAACAAACCAUAAAACACCAAUUGCAACUCUAACAACACCAACGACCAAAGUAACCUCAGCAACUCAGCAAAAGCCAAACGCACCUCAAAUUGAACAAAAACAACUUAAACAGAGGCAGCAAGUGAGUGGCCGCAGUGCCAUCAACAGCAAUAGCAAGGGUAGCGUUGCCACACCACAGAAUCACUGCACCAACUCUCGCAACUGCCUUACAAUCAACGCAGCCGCAACUGCGUUACAAAUUCCAGCAAAUACAGAUACAGCGCGUGGAAGUGGAGGAAUAGUUAUUUCAAGCUCCUCAACGGAAACACCUACGACAAGUGCACUAACGUCUGUUGUAGACUCAGCGACGUCAACGGCUCUUACGUCGCCGACGUCGUCCGCGUCAUUAAUCUCGCCUAAAGCGAGCAACAAAAAAGUGAUGAACAGUCACGCCACAGCGACCCAGCAUAGCGGACAAACAACAGUGGUCGGUCAUCAUCGCGGCUUCUCUCAACCAUCCGUGACAGUGGCGGCCAAUUCAGCGGGCGAUCCAUGGUUUUUACAAUCCACUGGGCAUCAAAUGCCGCCCACAGCGCCUUUGCGACAUAAUAAACGCCCUGCGCCACAACCAAAUCACGGUGGUGGUGUAGGAGGCGGUAUUGGCAUCGGUGGUACAGGCGUAGGCGUUGGUGGUGGAGGUGCGGGGAGCGUUGGUUUAGCGAACACUGGCAGUGUAGGCGUCAACUUGUUGCAUCAACAGCAGCUAAGCCAGUCGCAGCCGCAUAUUGUACCGCCAAAUAUACCGCCACACCAUCACAAUAACGUGAACCCACACCACAAUGCAAUCCACUUGUCCUCGCAUGCACUUAAUAGUCAUAAUUUAAUAUCUGCCGCGACCGGCGCCAAUCAUUCACCAAAAUCACCCAAUCAACAACAACACCAGCAACAACAUCAUCAUCAGCAACAGCAGGGGUCGCAAUUAUCUGGCUCAGCGGCACAAUCACAUACGCAUACACACAUACUCUCCACCUUUGCUCCACAACCCGCCAGUACUGGCAAUUGUGCGCCCGCCGCGGGUGGUGUGACAGCCGCCGCUGUGGCCGCCGUCACGCAACAACAACAACAGCAACACUUGCAGCUUCUAGCAAAUGCUUCCAGUAAUAGCAACAACAAUCUGAUGUCGUCCUCAAUGAAUGCGGCGCAACAUAGUGCCGCUCUAUCUUUACAUGAGCGCGGACUUCCGCCGAAAAGUGGCGCUAUUGUUGCUGGCCUAGGGGGCGCACUGCACGGCAGCAACAUGCUGUUGCACCAAGCACAAACACCCUCAUCGCUUUCGAGCAGUCAGCAACAAACACAAUCGGCGAUAUCCCUCAAUACAGCUGGCGGCAGUGGUGUUGGUGUGGGUGGUGGUGGUGGUAGCGGAAACAUCGGUGCCACUAGUAUGUCUACAUCUUUGCACAGUUUCGACAUAAAUGGUGGUGGUGUGGCGGCCAAUGCCUGGUCGAGUGCUAAUGCUAAUGCAGUAGCGGUGGCGCUACACUCACCCACCAACGCUCUGGCGGGCGCCACUCAACAGCAUCUGCAGCCGCAACGGAAAUGUGAAGUGAAACUGAACGCAAUGCCUUGGUUCCAUGGCAGCAUAACACGCGACGAAGCCGAACACCUGUUGCAACCGCGUGAGGAUGGCCUAUUUUUGGUACGUGAGUCUACUAACUUCCCAGGCGACUAUACACUAUGCGUCUGCUUCCAAGGCAAAGUGGAACACUAUCGUGUCAAGUACUUAGAGAACAAACUCACCAUCGACGAUGAGGAGUACUUUGAGAAUCUGGGGCAAUUAGUUGCGCAUUACGAAGCAGAUGCAGAUGGUUUGUGCACGCAACUCAUAAAAUGUUUGCCGAAAAAGGGCAGACAAGAAUUCUGCAUCAACUCAAAAGACUUUUUGGACAAGGGUUGGGUUAUACCGGAGGCUGAUUUGCAGCUGCGCGAAAGCAUCGGCAAGGGCGAGUUCGGCGAUGUGAUGUUGGGUAUAUUGCGCAGUGAAAAAGUCGCCGUAAAGAUGCUAAAGGAUGAGGGCGCUGUGCAAAAAUUCUUGGCGGAAGCCUCUGUCAUGACCACUUUGGAACACGAGAAUUUGGUAAAGUUCAUAGGCUUGGUUUUUACCAGCAAACACAUCUACUUGGUGACGGAGUAUAUGAGCAAAGGUUCGCUGGUCGAUUAUCUGCGUUCACGCGGGCGUCAACACAUUACGAAAAAGGAUCAAAUUAAUUUUGCCUAUGAUACCGCCUCCGGCAUGGAAUAUUUGGAAGCUAAAAAAGUCGUGCAUCGCGAUUUGGCCGCACGUAAUGUACUAAUUUCCGAAGAAUGUGUCGCCAAAGUGUCCGAUUUCGGUUUGGCGCGCGAAGAGUGCUACAAUCUGGAUGUAGGCAAAUUGCCUAUUAAAUGGACAGCACCUGAGGCGCUCAAGAAUGGUCGUUUUUCCAACAAAUCUGAUAUGUGGAGUUUCGGAAUUUUGUUAUGGGAAAUUUAUUCAUUUGGUCGAGUUCCUUAUCCCCGCAUACCCCUCAACGACGUGGUGAAACACGUUGAAGUCGGCUAUAAAAUGGAAGCACCCGAAGGCUGUCCACCCGAAAUCUAUGAAAUGAUGCGUCAAGCGUGGGACUUAAAUCCAGCCAAGCGACCAACAUUUGCCGAACUAAAAGUGAAGUUGUUGCAUAUGAAAAACGCCACACCAGCGUGAGAACAUAACUGAGUACUACGGCCGUAAAAAGUGACAUUCAGACAAACAUUAAAUAUUUAAAACAAUCCAAUCCAAUCGAAGUGAGCAACUUAAAUUACCAAGUAAUAUACAUACAUACAUGUUAUACAUACAUAUAUAAUAAAUAUUGUUUAAGGUUAGGAGAAAUAAUGCAAAGAUAAAAAAUUUAAGAGAGUAAAUAAAAUGGUAAGCAAAAAGUUUUAAAACGUGGGGGGGAUUUCCACCAUUUUAUUAACUAUUUGUGUUUGUUUUUAUUUGUACUAUAAUUUUUUUGUCUUUAACUUUUUGCAAUUUAGUUAAGUUAAAAAUGUAAACGGCGCCGCGCACGUAUUAUUCUUUGUUUUUAUUGGAGUUGUAGUAGAUAAAAAAUGUAAAAACAAAAAACAAAUCAACCAUACUGCGCCCGAUUCGCCAGCGUGCGCCUUAGCCUUAACCGAACGCAAGCAGCUAACUGAAAAGUUAAAUGUGACUAAAAUAAAAAUUGAAAAAAAAAAUCAAAAGUAACACUAUGCAACAUAAAUAUAAAAAAAUUGUUUAGUUCUUGUAAUUAUUUAUAUGCGUAUACAUAUUUGUUUUUAGUGUGUAAUUACUAUUACUACGUUGUACUACAUUACUAUUUACUACUAAAAGAAGUACUAUUUACCACUACUGCUACGACAAUUGUAUGUUAGGUUUACUUACCAAUUUACGUUAUUUAUACAAACACAAACACACACACACAGACAGCCAGACACAGAAGCACAUACACAUCCACACAAAUUUUUGUUUAUAACCUUUUUUUAUGCAUAACAUUAUUUAUAAAUAUUUUUUGUAAAUUUUGGACAUGAAUGUAAUAAAAUGCUAAUUUGAUUAAAUGUAUUUUGUUUAACAAAAAGAAAAUAUAAAAUUGAAGAGAAGACACUGUGAAAGGAAAAAACAAGGCAGCAAUAUACAUACAUACAUAUAGUACAUAUGUAUGUUAAAAGCACAUAUCUUUAAUUUGCCGCAAAAGCACAGAGAGUGCCACAAAUAUGAGCACCAGCCAGCCACACAAAUUAUUUAAUAUAUUGCAUUAAAUUACUAACUAUGUAUGUAUGUCAUAACCAGGCGGCAAGCAAAAAAAUUAAAGAAUUUCAAACAAUUAAUGAAUUUCUUAAGCAGCUAUAAGGCAUGAAUAUUCAUCAUUCGACGGAAUUGUACGCGCGAACAAAAACUCUCUCUUAUCACCAAGCACGGAAUAAUCCGUAAUAAAAUAUUUUUUUGUGAAAGUUUGACGAAAAUAAAUAAUUUUAGUAAUACUGUAA